GAAAAGCAAACUAUUUACAGAGUUCCCGUUUGAGAAAACAUAUUUUUUGUUCGGAGCUAGUGUUGUUAAUAGCAAAAGAGCUGUUUUAGAUGAACUGCAGAAUAAAUUAAAAUAUUACUCGACGUUACAGAGCAGCUCGUGCUAACGUUAGCUCAAAAUUCAGUUUUUCUCGUCACUUUUUAAAUAAGAGUUUAAUUAGCACAAUGAGGCUGGUGAUUCUGGACGACUAUGACCUGGCCAGUGAAUGGGCAGCUAAAUACAUCCGGAACCGGAUAAUCCAGUUCAAUCCGUCCGCAGAAAAAUACUUUACUCUGGGUUUACCAACAGGCAGCACUCCGUACGGCUGUUACCGGAAGUUAAUAGAGUUUUACAAAAGUGGAGAUCUGUCUUUUAAAUAUGUGAAAACCUUCAACAUGGAUGAAUAUGUUGGUUUGCCUCGUGCUCAUCCAGAGAGCUAUCACUCCUACAUGUGGAACAAUUUCUUCAAACACAUCGACAUCGAUCCAGCCAACGCCCACAUCCUGGAUGGAAACGCUGAGGACCUGGAGGCUGAGUGUCAGGUGUUUGAGCAGAAGAUCACAGAGGCCGGAGGAAUCGAUCUGUUUGUUGGAGGCAUUGGUCCUGAUGGUCACAUAGCGUUCAAUGAGCCCGGUUCCAGCCUCGUUUCAAGAACCAGAGUGAAAACGUUGGCAAAGGACACAAUUCUGGCGAAUGCUCGUUUCUUUGGCCACGAUCUCUCCAAGGUUCCCACCAUGGCUCUGACUGUGGGGGUGGGGACUGUCAUGGACGCCAAGGAGGUGAUGAUUCUGAUCACAGGGGCUCACAAAGCCUUCGCUCUGUACAAAGCCAUCGAGGAGGGCGUUAACCACAUGUGGACGGUGUCUGCCUUCCAGCAGCACCCCCGCACCAUUUUCGUCUGUGACGAGGACGCCACGCUGGAGCUGCGGGUCAAAACUGUCAAAUACUUCAAAGGGUUGAUGCACGUCCAUAAUAAGCUUGUGGACCCGGUGCUCAGCAUGAAGAACCAGUGAAAGAAAGAAAACGGAAGAGGCUGCAGGAUUCAUCUGAGGAGCCAGAGUUUGACUUGCUGUUACUUUUGGUUUUUAUCUGCCUUCAUUGUUGCCAUCAGGCCGUUGCAGAUCAUUACCGAGAGCUCGCUGCUCACGUUUGUGUUCGAACUGUUCCAAUGAAACUAGUUAUUUCUUUUACGGCUCUGUGUUUAGGAUUUGAAGAGAUGUGAGAGUAAAGAUGAAAAUGGUUCAGAUCCAGACUUCCUGAAGGUCUUUUAAAGGUCCGACACAAGGACUGAAACUGAUGGGGGAUAAAAGCCGCCAGCGUCCAAACGAGUUUUAAAAGUUCUUCAGAAAGCCUGGAGGACCACUGAUCCAAAUCACUUUAACAAUAACAAAAAGUCUGUGCUCAGGAGGAAAAUAUAACAAAAUAAGGAUUAGAAUUCAGUUUUAAGUUAGAUUUAUCUUCAAUGUAUUGAUGCUCUGAAGGAAAAAGGGACUGCUGUUUAUUCUUGGAUCUAUUGAAAUAGGAACUGGUUUAAAAUUAUUUUCUUCGACGUUUGGUCUUUGUGAUUUUUUUUGUCAGAUGAAUGAUGUUUCUUUGCUCACUUCUACCUUUUUGUGCACUUCCCAACUAUUAGGAAAAAAAAAAGUUGAAAUAAAAGACUCCCAAGAAAUGAGAUACAAUUGAAAAGCUUUAAUUCAGGCUAGAAAGAGAAAUCCAAACCGAGUCCAACAGUGGUUUCAUCUAAAUGCAUUUUACAGACUGAGUUGGUUCUUGAUGAUAAUUCCUCUUUUUUUCUCAUGUGAAUCUGCUCCUUACAGUCUUGAGAAAAAGCAGAACGUUUGUGUUAAAAGAUAAAAACGACCUGAAUCAUGAGAAUCGCUCAGCUGUUUAUCACCAGCACUCCUCCUUCGCUGGAUUUCUAACAUGUUUGCACAUUUUUCCAACAUGAUUAGUACUUUGUUGGUUUUUGUUACAUUCCCUCCCUGCUUUGUUUCAUUUAUGAGCCCUAAGAUGUUUUAUUUUGCACAUACAUGCACUGUAA